UCUUAUCCAUCUUCAUUAUCUUCGUUACCUUACUUCAUUUCUCUCCACUUCCAAAGGGGUUCACUACUCAGAGGAGGAACUAGAGCCAUGGCGGCGGUUUCACCCUCAUUAUCAAUAAAAAGUAGUAGCUGCAUUAUUUCUAGCAGUAGUAGCAACGUACACUAUUCGAAAAGUUUAACUUCAACAUGUGCUGUGAAGAUUGCUCCUAAGUUUCAGUCCUUGAGCCUGUCUUCUUCAUUUAUUUUCUCCCCGAAACAGAUUUUCAAAUUGAAAUCAGCUAGCCCAAAGUCUAUGCAAUUAACCAAGUCAAUGGGGGGUUUUGUCAUAAAAAUGAUGAGUGUUGAUGCGGGGGUUGGUGUCAUGGGUACUAAAUUAGGAAUGAUGAGCUAUUUUGAGGAGGAUGGCACUGUAGUUCCCGUCACCGUGAUCGGAUUUAAGGAGGGAAACAUUGUGACCCAAGUGAAGACUGAGUCCACAGAUGGGUAUAACGCGGUCCAAGUAGGAUAUGAAAGGGUUAGGGAUCGUAAGCUUACCAAACCUGAGCUUGGACACUUGAACAAGUCCGGUGUGAUUCCGAUGCGCCAUCUUCAAGAGUUCCGUCUUGUUUCUGUUGAUGGAUUUAACCCCAGCCAAAAAAUUGUGUUCGAGGAUCUGUUCAAGGAGGGUGAUUUGGUGGAUAUCUCUGGUACAACCAUCGGAAAAGGGUUCCAAGGUGGUAUUAAAAGACACAACUUUAAGAGAGGUCUUAUGACUCAUGGAUCGAAAAGUCACAGGGCUCUGGGAUCCAUUGGAGCUGGAACAACUCCGGGAAAUGUGUACAAAGGAAAGAAAAUGCCUGGAAGAAUGGGUGGAACCAAGACCAAAAUCCGUAAGCUGAAGAUCAUGAAGAUCGAUAAUGAUCUGCGGGUAGUCAUGAUCAAAGGUGCUGUUCCGGGUAAGCCAGGAAACCUCUUGCGGAUAGCACCGGCCAAGAUUGUUGGGAAAAACAUACCUAAGAAUUAGAUCAUCUAGAAUCUUUUUUGGUCUUUAGAUCAUUUACUGGUCUAUACUAGUGAGACAGGGACAUACUCCAGUUUUUCUAUGUAUAUUGCUCAUCUGUUGUAUUCUGUAUUAUCAUUUUAUUGUAACGUUAUCAAGUGGAAGUAUUAUGUUUUGAUACUCAGUUCAUUAGUUGGUUUAUUGACAUUUUAGUCAA